AUGCUCCAGUCGAUUUCCCCCCGUUUUGUACGGGCGCCGUUCGCCACCCUCUUGGACGACGACUCAGACCAGUCGUACGUGCUGGAUAUAGAGGAUGAAAUCUUCAAUAAUGGGCCUUCGGUUCGUGAUCUCAAAAUCGCCGCUCCCCAGCUUUUUGAUUCAAAAUUGCUGCGUCCGGAAUCAUGGCAAAAUUUUUUGGCCAGAGAAGAGUUUUUGGCCACCAGCUUGGCCGAGAUCAAAGAUCACCUUCUUAACCGCGAGUUUGACUUUAGCAACUCGCUCGUUCUUCACCCACUUCCAACUCCGCUCUUUGUUGCACUUCUGUCGCACCAGCAAACAUUUCUCAUUAAUACCGCCCAACACAUACUAAACAACCUCAAAAGAAUCCAAACCAGGAUUCAGGACCUCAACCGCACCGCCUUCCGCAACUUUAGUGCUGUCAAGGUAUCACUAAAACUCACAUUGAACUCCACCAAUAGUCCGUACGACCGGUCUAGUGCAAUUCUCAAGGGCAUCACCGCUUGCAAACAAUGUUUGGCCCAGUGCACUGAGUCCAUCGACUCCGACUCGCUCAACGUGCUCGUGGACGAAACCGUAGAGUUAUUGUACGACUACAAUCAAGCGCUCGAACACCAUUCCACCACUGCCUCCACAGCGGGUCGGGCCUCGUCCAUUUCUGUCGGCUCUGCCUCGGGCCAACACGCCAAUUUGGAGCAAUUGCGCAAUAGUAUCAAUGCCAUUGAAACCAUGGUGGGCGAAGGAACCGAUUUUGUCAGCAAGGAAUGCUGCUAUAUGACCAAAUUGGUGGACGAAGUGAAAAGCAUGUUUGAUGGCUACUUGGCUGCGUACCGGCGGUUCAUUGCCGACGGGGUCAACGAUUACGAUACGUUUAUGUUUCUGGGGGCUGUAAUCUAA